AUGGCGGGGCUCGGGCGUGAGGCUGGAGACGAUCGGAGCGCAGCAGGUGUGGUGCCGGUGGGAGUUGGGGAAGCGCCCGAGGACAUCAAGAUGCCAACAUACAUAUAUGGUCAGUCCAGUCCUUCUCUAGGAGAUGCAAAACUCAGAAAACCAAUGGUCAUCGAAAUCAUAGAAAAAAAAUUUGAGUAUCUUAGAAAAGAAAAGACUUUAAAUAUAUAUGGAACAGUGACCUUUGGAACAACAGCUGGUUUCUCUGGAAUAUUGGCAAACUUAAUUUUCAGACAUUGCUUCAAGGUUAAACAUGAUGCUUUGAAGACAUAUGCAUCAUUGACUACACUUCCAUUUUUGUCUACCAUAGUUUCUUGUGAGCUUCUUGUAAGACAUGCUUUGUAUUCAGGUAAUAUAAGCCGGGAAAAUUGUGUUCUGAGAAGUUCACUGAUUGGCAUAGUGUGUGGUGUUUUAUAUCCCACUGCUUUAGCUUUUUCUAAAAAUGGACGUCUGGCAGUCAAGUAUCAUACUGUUCCACUGCCACCAAAAGGAAGGGUUGUACUUUAUUGGCUGCUGCUUUGUCAAACAGAGAUAAAAGCAAUGGUGAUUCCUCUUAUCCUUCAGACAGCCCUUGGAAUAUAUCAUGGUCUACAGCAUUAUGCAAUAUUUGAAAGUACACUUGAGAAAACUGUACAUGAAGAUUAACCAAAGAAUGAAUGGAUACUAAAUCAGUAUAAUGGACUUUUUUAUGAUGAGGACUUAGGCACUGCUGAAAGAGUUAAAAGUAAUUCUGGAUAGACAAUUUGUUUCUUUUCCUUUUGCCUGGUGUAUAGCAGGUGCUCAAUAAAUAUUCAGUGAUUAAAUAAAUGUGGGUUUCAUCUCUGUUUUGUCA